AAGCCCAGAUCAGCCGACUUCUGAACGCAACACACAGACAGACAACGCGGAGAGAAGAAACAAACACACCAACUACGACCACCGCGAAGACCACCACAACCACCACGAACAUCGUCACCACCCUCACGCCUGACCUCACAUCUCAAUUUCACUAUCUCAGGUAUCAUUUCCCCCAUCCAAUUGCUCCCAAUUUGCCCCACAAUUCUUCCACCAAUAACUAGGGAUUCUGAUUUGAAUGUGUUCAUUCAUUCAGUGUAAAGUUUGUAGUAUACUACUAUUAUCUACAUAUGAGUGGAGUACCUGUACCAGUAGUGCUUUAAGCUAUGGCUGCCAAUGCUAGAUUUGAAUCGGCUUCAGCUAGUUCUUCUGAGCCAUCUUUUUCUGGACCUUAUUCGAACGGAAAAAGGGGGAAUGCGGGGCCCAAUUUGGAUAGGUCUGGAAGCUUCCGAGAGGGUGCAGAGACUCGAAUGUUUGGUUCAGGGUUUGCAGUAACACGAAGUGGAAGUAGCGCAUCAACGGCAGCAGGGAGUUUACCACCUUUGUCUCAGUGUUUGUCUCUUGAGCCAAUACAGAUGGGUGAGCGUAAAAGUGAUCGCUCAGUUGAGUUAAAAAGAGUUAUGGGUAUUAUUGCUGGAAGCACAAGUGAAGAUAGUUCUUCUGGGGCUGCUGUUUCUUCUCAUUCGAAACCUUCAUCUCCGUUGGCUGUUGCAGCGGAGGAUUUGAAGCGUUUGCGAUCAAGUGUUGUGGAUACAUGCAACACAGCUAGGGGAAGGGCAAGCAAAUUGGAUGAACGCUUGCAUAAGCUGGAUAAAUACUGUGACGGUGUAAACACAAAGAAAACACAGAGAAGUGAAAUGCUGACUAAUGAUCAAGCAGGUUCUUUAAACUCGAAGAUUGGAACUCAAACUUACAGAAACCCCGCAGAGCUAGUCAAUCAAAGAGUAGAAGAUCGCCCUAAGAAUGUUCUUUUGAACAAGCGUGUACGCACUUCAGUUGCAGAAACAAGGUCGGAAUUACGGAGCAAUGGUCUAAGAAAGCAGCCUGUGGUAAUGGCUAAAGAUCGAGAUUCAGUCAAGGAUAACGUUGAAGAAUCUGAUAUUUUAGAAGAAAAGGUUCAGAGGUUGCCCGUAGGCGGGGAAGGAUGGGAUAAAAAGAUGAAACGAAAACGUUCAGUAGGAGCAGGUUGUUCAAGGCCUAUCGAUAACAACGGAGACCCAAAAAGAGCCAUUCAAAACAAGGCUGAUAGCGAACCUGUUUCGCAACCAAACGACACCCACCCUUACAGAUUAGGAGCUUCUAAUGGUACCGGCAAUGCUCACAAACCGGAUAACAAGUCCGAAGGGUCAUCUUUAUCUAAUGGUUCUCGUGUUCGUUUGUCUCCCAGAAAUGAACUUGAGGGGCCCAUCGGUGGAUCGAAUAAGGAAAGGAUUCUCACAAAAGGAAACAAUAAGUUAAAUACCCGUGAUGAUAAUUAUAUUCCGAGUGGUAAUUUAGUGACAAAAGGGAAGGCUACGAGGGGUAAUCGUAACGGUGCCAUGGUGUCAGCCAGCUCAACACCAAGUACACCUCGUUUAUCUGGAACUCCAGAAAGCUGGGAGAACGUGACAGUGACAGGUGGCAGCAAAAACCCGUCAAACGCUGGAGCUGUAAAUCGGAAACGGGCUAUGCCCACGGGUCCGUCUUCUCCCAAUAUGGCUCAGUGGGUUGGUCAGAGACCACAAAAAAUGUCUCGAACCAGGAGAUCAAAUCUGGUGUCACCCGUCUCGAAUCAAGAAGAAAAGCCGUUAUCAUCUGACAGCUGUUCACACUCUGAUGUUAGUGCUAGAAUAGCUUCUGAUGCGACCAAUGGUCCCGUUGUUUCCAAACCCUUGAAACCGAAACUAGAGCCGGUUCAAUCUCCAUACCGGUUGUCCGAAAGUGAAGAAUCUGUUGUUGGUCAAACUCAAACUGUUGGACCUUCGUUAGCAAUUGGAAUGAAGGCUAAAUCUGUAACUGUAAUUAAUGAAGAAAGUGGUGACGGAGUGAAGAGACAGGGUCGUAGUGGAAGAGGCCCGUUAAUCGCAAGGGCUAGCGGGGACAAGUUGGAUAACACACCCAUCGUUAAGCCAAUUCGAACUAAUAAGCCCGGUUCUGAGAAGAACGGAAGUAAGUCAGGGCGGCCUUUGAAAAAGCUCUCGGACCGCAAGGGGUUUUCACGUCUUGGCCAUUUGCAGAAUGGUGGUUCUGAUUGUACAGGGAAAUCUGAUGAUGACCGUGAAGAACUGUUGGCAGCUGCAAAUUAUGCUCGUAAUGCUAGCUAUCUAGCAUGUUCAAGUGCUUUCUGGAAAAAAAUUGAACCUAUAUUUGCUCCUGUCAGUUCGAAAGAUAAAACCUACUUAUCUACACAGCUAAAAGAGCCUGAUAUUCAGGAAAACUUCCCUCAGUUUCAUGGUCGUGCAAAUAAUGUUGCGAUGAACGUUACACAUGAAAUCUCGGUAUAUGAUACAAAUGGUUCUGGAGAAAGAAACAUGCAUGUGAAACAUCAGGGAAGCGAGUCUUUUUCCGGAAGACUUGAUUCGGAUAAAACACCCAAAGAGUUCAUCCCAUUGUUUCAAAGAGUAUUAUCAGCACUCAUUAUAGACGAGUCCGUUAAUGAAUUCGAAGAAGAAGAAAAUACCGAAAAUAUACCAGUUCAAGAUACUUUUAAUGAUUCAGCUUACGAUAAUACAUUUCACCAUGAUGAUUUCGGUGAGCCUAGAAAGAAGGCUAGGAGAGAAGUUGAACAAGAUACCGUGUUUCAAAGUGUUCAUUCUGUGAAGUUGUCGUUUUCUAGCAACGGAUGUACCACCGCCAACACUUUUAGAAGCCCUAUCGUUAAUGAUUCUCCAUGUGAUGAUGUGGCGAUGGUUGGGAUCUCAAACAAUUUGGUCAACAGGCCACAAGUGAUACACAUGGAAGGUUUUGGCAUUCCUUCAUUUGAUAAUCAUAAUGAACAAAUGCGUUUAGAUGACAAACUUCUUUUGGAGCUCCACAGCAUCGGUCUAUAUCCUGAGUUAGUGCCUAAGUUGGAUGACAAAGAGGAUGAAGCAAUCAAGCAAGAAAUCAACCAACUGAAGACAAGACUUCGACAACAGAAUUAUAAAAAGAAGGCAUACUUGGAGAAAAUAUGUAGAAGUUUCGGAAGCAGCAGCGUAGGGCGAGAUCUUGAGCAGCUUGCAAUGGACAGACUGGUGGAGCUAGCUUACAGGAAACUUCUGGCUACUAGAGGACCUUCUAGAGGUGCGAUUGCAAAGAUUCCAAAGCAUGUUGCGUUGGCAUUUGGAAGGAGAACGCUUUCCAGGUGUCGUAAAUUUUUGAAAUCGGGUGUAAGUUGCUUUAACAUGGCCCCACUUCGAGAUAUCCUUUUUGCUCCACCGGACAUUGAGUUGGAGCCUCCCACCAAGUAUAUCGGAUUCCAAAAUCCCCACCCAGAUUCAAGAAUAUCAUCUGAUGAGGCUUUUGCCAUAAACGGGCCAAUAUCAAACAGAGGAAAGAAGAAAGAGCUUUUACUGGACGACGUCAGCACUGGUUUUGGGGGGGCAACAGGAAAACGCGCAUACCAGGGCGAGAGAAAAAUGAAAGCAACAGGGGGUCAGAUACCAAACCAAUCAACAAGAUCAUUACACCCUGUACAGCCUUCCCUAAUUAGGGAGAGUCGGUUAGAGCGCAGUAGCGUGACUCAAGAGAGUAACGGGGGGACUCAAGACAUUGACCCGCUAUUAGACCCGAUUGAUGAAUUAGGGGUGGGUGGUCCUCAGGAUCUGAGUUCUUUACUGAAUUUUGACGAUGAGGAAUUACAAGACCAUUUUUCAGCAGGACUUGAGAUACCGAUGGAUGAUCUUACUGAAUUGAAUAUGUUUUGAUAGAAACUUGAUGAUGGUUUGAUUUUUAUUUAUAAACAGUGAAGAAGUGUAAAUGUAUAUUAUUGUGGAAAAGGUAAGAUGUCAUGUAACCAACCCAUCAUUUGUAAUUAUAGUCCCCUUUAUCUCUUUC